AUGGCAGGGUGGCCUCGCCACGACCUGAAGUGGAACAUACUCGCUCAUGGAGGACGUGCCGACAAAAGUGGGCCGACAAUGUACGACACCUGCAUGACAUUCUCUCCCGGUGCGGCUCAGGUGCUCCCACCGCCCUUGGACCUGCAGCAGGACGCUUUCGCACUGAACUACCUGCAAGAUUGGCAGCGCUGGUCAGCGGCUAAAGUGGCGGCCCGAGGCAGUGGCGGCCCCGUGGCCACCGCCACCUGUGAAGGCCUUCGUGGCCAGGACCAAGUGCACCACGCCAUCGUCUCCUUGGGCCAGGAUCUCGCGCAGAUUUCCCCUGCCGACUACUACGACCCCGUCGUGCUGGUAGUGGCCUCCGCAGCGUGCGACUCCCUCGCGCCUCAGACGGAGCGACAGUUCUUUGCCGUCUCUAUUGACGCGGAGAUGGCCAAGUUCAUGCCCCAGCGCGAGGGCAGCCACGGCACCGCCAGCCACGGCACCGCCUACCGCGACGCGUGGUCCUGGAGCUCGAGAGAGAACGAGACCGAGAGCGACCAGCAGCAGGUCGAGAUGGCUUCGACGGUGGUCAGUACUGGAGAGAAGCUGCCCGUGCCAGACACCUUCCAGCUGCAUCGCACCACUGUGCGUCUCGUCACCCUCAGGCGGGUCCGUGGCUUCGCCUUCGGUCUGCAGUACGCUUUCAUGAACCUCGGCGGCGCGGUCGGUGAGAACUUGAUCGAUCUCGUUCGGUUGCAGACGUGGCUGAUGCCCUGGGGUGAAGCGGUGGCCGUGGACGCAUCCUACAGCUGCGAAGCAGCGAGUGCGCCCGAAGCAGGGCCCCGUCAGUGCAGGCUGGCGAUAGUCUACAGAUGCUCCUUCUUUCCUCCGCCGCGAGGCCUCGGCCAGGACGCCCUCGACCUCGCCACGCCAGAGCCCGCGCCCGCGGCGCUGCCCCUCUUCGAGGCGGCGGAGGCCUGCGGCCAGGCUUGGGUGGAGCGGCCCGAGACCGCCGGCAGCGCAGUGAACCGGUACACGACCUACCUCGUGCGCGGCACGCUCGGCAGAGAGGAGGCGGCGUUCUCCAGCCGGCGGCGCUACUCCGAUUUCGAGUGGCUCCGGAAGGCGCUGGUGGCGAAUUUCCCCGGCGUGAGGGUACCGCCGUUGCCGCGCAAGCAGAGGGCGGGCCGGUUCGAGGACGCCUUCGUGGAGGCGCGGCGGAGCGGCCUGGAGGACCGAGGGGUCGCAGGUGGCAAAUAG